AUGCCAGAGAGGACUGGCAUUCUAGUACUGGGACCGACGGAAGCCGGAAAGUCAUCGUUUAUUGCCACAGUCACAGGCUCGGUCCUCAUGGCUGAGGCGAAGGCCCGCGAAGAAAAGCUGCAGCGAAAGUUGAAGGAGGAACAAGAAGAGGCCCAAGAGCUGCACGUGAGGCUACAACAGAACAACCAGUCAGCGACCGAAAGCUGA